AUGGUUGAAUCUUGUUUAGAAGAGUGGAAUAUUGAGGGGAUUUUCACCUUGAAGGUGAAUAAUGCUUCCUCAAAUGACGUAGCCAUUAGUUACUUGAAAGAAGCUACUAAUAGGUGGAAAGGUACUGUUUUGGGGAAUGAAUUUGUUCAUGUGAGGUGUUGUGCUCACAUCCUGAAUCUUAUUAUGACUGAUGGCUUAAAACAUCAUAAUAAAUCAAUUGAUAGAGUGCAUCAUGCGGUUAGAUAUGUGAAAAAUUAUCCAAAUAGGUUACAAACCUUCAAGAGGUGUGUGGAGAAAGUGAAAAUAGAGUCAAAGGCUAUUCUAUGUUUGGAUGUGACCACUAGAUGGAACUCUACCUAUAAAAUGUUGGAAAAUGCUAAAAAGUUUGAACAUGCAUUUAAGCAGAUGGAAUAUGAAGAUCUUGAAUAUAUUCUACACUUUCGGGGUGGGGACUAUGGUAGGAGACCUCCAAAUGAGGAUGAUUGGGAGACUUGUAGAAGAUUUGUUAAGUUUUUGAAACUUUUUUAUAAUGCCACAAAGAGGUUUUCAAGUUCCUUGUAUGUGACAUCGAAUGCUUUCUUUGAUGAGAUAUAUAUGAUUAAAAGAAAGAUAGAUCUCUUUUCUAGGAGUGAGGACCAUUUUUUGUACUCAAUGGCAAAAACAAUGAAAGAAAAGUUUGACAAGUAUUGGGGGGAGCGGGGAGGAUUCAUCAAAGAAGAGAAAUGUGCUUUUAAUGUUGCUAAGGUUAUUACUUACCAUGUGCAACAUGUGUUGGAACGCUUGUAUGAGCAUUAUAAUUCAACUCAUUCAUCAUAUGUGUCUAUACAAAGUGCGAGUGAGAUAUCAAGGAUGGAAGGUGUUGGUGUUGAUGUUGAUGAUGAUGAUGAUGAUGAUGAUGAUGAUCGAGACAGAUUUAUUGCCUCUCAAUAA